UCCUCUCCCAUUUUAUAUUUAAAGCCCUCAGCUUCUUCUCUUUCUCUCAGCUUGACGUUCCCUUGUUUCAAGAGAACACCAAGCUUGGCUCCGCUCGCUCCCUUCCUUUCUGCUUCCUCUCCACUUCCCUCCUCAUAUCUUCGACAUGCGCUCUCUCUCCCCCGCCCCUUCCCAUUCUCUUCAAUUUCCGAUCCCCACUCGCCCCCUUCCCUCCCCCGUUGUUGUCAAAUGCAGCUACGGCUUCGAAUCUCCCGGCUUCUCCCAUGGAGUCUCCUCCAACCGCACCGACUGGCAGAGCUCCUGCGCCAUUUUGGCCAGCAAGGUUGUCUCUCAGCAACAUUCCUCCCCCGACAGUAAUAACGGUGCCCCCACCGUCAACGGCCACACUUCCGCCCUCACGGAUCUCAGCCUGGUUCCCAUCGAUAACAUACCCGGUUCCGACAAUAACAGGCCUCUUCCGCCCAAGCCUCUCACGAUUUCGGACCUCUCGCCGGCUCCGAUGCACGGCUCACAGCUUCGCGUCGCUUACCAGGGGGUUCCUGGAGCGUAUUCUGAAGCCGCCGCCGCCAAGGCCUAUGCCAACUGCGAAGCCAUUCCUUGCGAUCAAUUCGAGGUGGCUUUCCAGGCCGUCGAGCUCUGGAUCGCCGAUCGAGCAGUUCUGCCCGUGGAGAACUCUCUAGGCGGUUCAAUCCACAGGAAUUACGACCUCCUCCUCCGCCAUCGUCUCCACAUCGUCGGCGAAGUCCAACUUCCGGUCCAUCACUGCCUUCUUGCUCUCCCUGGAGUCCGGAAAGAGUACCUAACCCGCGUGAUUUCGCAUCCCCAAGCCCUGGCUCAGUGCGAGCACACAUUAACCAAGCUCGGCCUCAACGUGGCACGUGAAGCCGUGGACGAUACAGCCGGUGCCGCGGAGUUCAUCGCCACCAACAACCUCCGCGACACGGCGGCAAUCGCGAGCGCGCGUGCCGCGGAGCUGUACGGAAUGCAAGUUUUGGCGGACGGGAUCCAGGACGAUCCGGGGAAUGUGACCCGAUUUGUUAUGCUCGCCCGAGAACCGAUUAUUCCCCGUACGGACAGGCCGUUCAAGACGAGCAUAGUGUUCGCGCACGACAAAGGGACGUCGGUAUUGUUCAAGGUGUUGUCGGCGUUCGCAUUCAGGAACAUUAGCCUGACGAAGAUCGAGUCCAGGCCUCACCGGAACCGUCCGAUCAGGCUAGUGGAUGACGCCAAUGUGGGCACUGCGAAGCACUUCGAAUACUUGUUCUACGUGGAUUUUGAAGCUUCCAUGGCCGAGGUGAGGGCCCAGAACGCCUUGGCAGAGGUGCAGGAGUUUACUUCUUUCUUGAGAGUACUGGGCAGCUAUCCCAUGGACAUGACUCCGCUGAGUUCCUCCUGCGGCCGGCAAGAUUUGCAAAGCCUCUGAUACGAUACCGUUUGGAGGAGAAGGAAGACAAACGAAGAAAAAGGGCAAUAAAGAUCAGUUUCUAUUUCGCUGCACUGUAUACGUAUUUAGAAUGAUGGCGGUGUUCAGGCAAAAAAAAAAAAAUUGGAAUGAUGGCGUUGUUAUAGUUUUAUAAUUCUGUAAUGAUAUGAUGGUUAAAUUCGAGGGAAGGAGUUAAUUUGCGAAAGCAGAAGCAUAGGAAGGCAACCCCCUGCGGUUGGUGGCAGGGGGAUGUCCAUUGUACAGAGACGAUGUGAUGUGAUUCAAAAGUUUCUGGCGAGCGACGAACGUGGCAGCUACCUACCCCCAGUGCCAUGGUGAUUUAGUGUGUAUACUUGGAUUGAAUGCCCCGUUAGUUGGUUGUGUGAUCUGAGUUUUGAGCCGCCCAUAGAGUAGGUGUUCAUAACCUUGUGUCCGGCUGAGCGUAGGUUUUUGUUUUUUUAUAUGUUUCUAUUGUAUUGUUAUCACUGUGGGAUAUAUAGUGAUAAUCCUAACUCUCAAUCGUGUUAAAUUCAGGCCAGGCCAGAAAGGGCCAGGAUAAAAUAAAAACCCCUACUUCAUCACCUGACUUGUAUACACGUCUUGCGCGCGGUGUCCUCCUUUUUCUGUCUUUCAAUAUAAUAAUAACGUAAUUCAUUUUGGGUUGGA